UUCCUCUCCAGAGCAGAUAUUUCAUCUGAAAGCGUACCACUGGCCGGGGGUUUUGGGGCAGUUGCAGCUGCCCUUUUAAGAUCUGCCCCCACUGCGUCCCCAGGACACCCCCACCUCCCCCCCUCUCUCUCUCCCGGCGCUGUGAAUCAGGUUUAUGUUAAUGACUCCCCUCCCCAGACUCGAUCCGCGUUCACUGGAGGUGUGUGUGAGUGUGUGAGCAGUGCGUGGAUCAGCAUGGAGACUCCACACGCCAACUCUGAGGGGAAAAACUGGAUUUAAUUCAUUCGCCGUGGAGGAGCAGCACCGAGGAGCGAUGAAGCGGGAUUUGUUGCUCUUUGUUUUCGGGUGGUUCAAACUCCCGUGGCUGCUGGAUUGUUUGGUUGUUCAUGUGAGUGAGGAUGCGGGACUGGGCACCGCGAUCGCCGGUCUGGAGGGAAGCUCCGCUUGCGCGCUGGAGCAGCUCAUCCUGCCGCGCUUCGCGGAGAGUUUCCUGCGCCCGGACGCGGGUGUGCUGACCCUCUCGGGCGCUUUGAACUGCGACGCGGUUCUUUUGAACCCGUUUAGUGUGUACGCGGUCGUGGACUGUGCUGAUAACGCGUCGGGUUUCAGACACCUUGUAACCAGCCAGUAUGACGUGCACGUUCACGGGAAGAACUGCGCGAGGGUACGCAAACGGGAAGAAAAACUGGAUGUGGAGAUUAUAAGUUUGAUAGACACUUCUGAGUGCCUUGAGGCGGACACUGCUGUUUUCCGGGUGUUUGAUGUGUUACCGGGCAACCCGACGCGCUGUAAUGUAACCGGGACUUCAGCGCUUUAUAUCUCCAACGGGCUGCUGUGUACUUCUGCUCCGCUGUGUUUCACUCGCGACUCAUUGCUGGAGUUUCAACUGCGCUGCGUGGGACGCGAAAGAAGCGCACGUUCUGGUCUCGCGCAUGCGCAGUGGCGCGUGGGCCGCGGCCCGUUCACGCAAACACACCUGAGGAAGUUACUGCAGCGGGCCGCGGGUUCGAACUCGGGUCUGCUGAGCAGGAGGAAGAGGAAUGUCAACAAUAACCCUCAGUUUCAACCUCCCAUGUAUCAGGUGUCCGUUCCAGAGAAUCAACCAGCAGGGACUUUUGUUGUUGUUUUAAAAGCAGUUGACCCGGAUGAGGGUGAAGCUGGUAGGCUGGAAUAUUUCUUAGAGGCAUUGUUUGAUAGUCGCUCCAACAAUCUCUUCGCCGUCGACCCAUCAAGCGGAGUCGUUUCCACCGUGGAGAUACUAGACAGAGAAACAAAGGACACGCAUGUGUUCAGGGUCACGGCGGUUGAUCAUGGAACGCCACGACGUACAGCCAUGGCCACUCUUACCGUAACAGUCAGGGAUACGAACGAUCACGACCCCGUAUUUGAGCAGCAGGACUAUAAAGAGAGCGUGAGAGAAAAUCUGGAGAUUGGUUACGAGGUUCUAACUGUAUCGAUUCCCGGUGGUGAGAACGCUCGAAUCACAUACUUCAUGGACGACAGCAUCCCACAGUUUAACAUCGAUUCGGACAGCGGUGCAGUGACCACGCAAAUGGAGCUGGACUACGAAGAUCAAGUUUCCUACACGCUCGCAAUUACAGCUCGAGACAACGGCAUCCCGCAGAAAUCCGACACCACUUACUUGGAGAUCCUGGUGAACGACGUGAACGACAACUCGCCCGUGUUCCUUCGCGACCUCUACUUGGGCUCAGUCAUGGAGGACAUUCCCACGUUCACCAGCGUCCUGCAGGUGUCCGCGACCGACCGAGACUCGGGCCUCAACGGACGCGUCUUCUACACGUUCCAAGGCGGAGAAGACGGAGACGGAGACUUCAUCAUCGAGUCCACUUCUGGGAUCGUACGAACCCUGCGACGUCUUGACCGAGAAAACACGCCCAUUUAUAACCUCCAAGCCUUCGCGGUGGAUAAAGGUGUUAACGCUCAAAUCAUGUACCAGAUCGUCGAAGGCAACAUCCCUGAGGUCUUCCAACUGGACAUCUUCUCCGGCGAGCUCACCGCUCUGACCGACCUCGACUACGAGACGCGUUCGGAGUAUAUCAUCGUAGUUCAAGCCACGUCUGCGCCGCUGGUCAGCAGAGCCACGGUCCACAUCAAACUCAUCGACAAGAACGACAACGUCCCCGUCCUCAAGAACUUCCAGAUUAUAUUUAACAACUACGUAACCGAUAAGACCAACAGCUUCCCGUCGGGUGUGAUCGGCCGGAUCCCGGCUCACGACCCGGACAUCUCCGAUCAGCUCCACUACAGCUUCCAGGCUGGAAACGAGCUGAAUUUGGUGCUUCUGAACCAGAGCACCGGAGAGAUCCGACUCAGCCGAGCCCUGGACAGCAACAGACCGCUGGAGGCGUCCAUGAAGAUCUCCGUCUCGGAUGGCGUUCACUCGGUGUCGGCUCAGUGUCUGCUGCAGGUCACCAUCAUCACGGACGAGAUGCUCUCCAACAGCAUCACGCUGCGAUUGGCCGACACGUCGCAGGAGCGCUUCCUCUCGCUCCUAUUGGCUCAGUUCCUGGAGGGCGUGGCCCGCGUUCUCUCGGCAUCCCGUGAGGAUGUGGUGGUCUUCAACAUCCAGGAUGACACUGAUGUCAACGCCGGCAUCCUGAACGUCAGCCUGUCAGUGGCGGUUCCGGGCGAGGGGUCGCGAGGUCACGGGGUCAGCCCAGCCCGGCUGGGUCGCAGCAGCGGAGGCGAGGUGGAGUUCUUCGGGUCGGAGGAGCUGCAGGAGCGCCUGUAUCUGAACCGAAGUCUGCUGGCGCAGAUCUCCUCGCAGGAGGUGCUCCCGUUCGACGACAACAUCUGCCUGCGCGAGCCGUGCGAGAACUACAUGAAGUGCGUAUCCGUGCUGAAGUUCGACAGCCUGGCGCCGUUCGUGGCGUCCGACACCAUCCUGUUCCGGCCGAUCCACCCGAUCGCCGGGCUGCGCUGCCGCUGUCCGCUCGGCUUCACGGGCGACUACUGCGAGACAGAGAUCGACCUGUGCUACUCCAAACCCUGCGGUGCUCACGGCGUCUGCCGCAGCCACGAGGGAGGCUUCACCUGCCAGUGUCUCCACGACUACACAGGUGAGCGAUGCGAGAUCUCAUCGCGCUCGGGCCGCUGUGCCGAGGGCGUGUGUAAGAACGGCGGGACGUGUCUCAAUCUGCUGGUGGGCGGCUUCAGGUGCGAGUGUCCUCCCGGAGGCUUCGAGAAGCCCUUCUGCCACAUGAGCUCCAGGAACUUCCCUCCGCAGACCUUCAUCACCUUCAAGGGUCUCCGGCAGCGCUUCCACUUCACGCUCUCGCUGUCGUUUGCGACUCGAGAGCCUGACGGUCUGCUGCUGUAUAACGGACGCUUCAACCAGAAACACGACUUCAUCGCUCUGGAGAUCGUUAAUGAACAGAUCCAGCUCACAUUCUCCGCAGGAGAGACGCAGACGACGGUGUCGCCCUUCAUCGCGGGCGGAGUGAGUGACGGGCGCUGGCACACGGCACACGUGCACUACUACAACAAGCCGGUCCUGAACCGCGCGGGUCUCCCUCAGGGCCCGUCCGAUCAGAAGGUCGUCGUGGUGACGGUGGACGACUGUGACACGUCGGUGGCGCUGCGCUUCGGUCACGUGAUUGGAAACUAUUCGUGCUCCGCCCAGGGCAGCCAAUCAGGAUCCAAGAAGUCUCUGGAUCUGACGGGGCCGCUGCUGCUGGGCGGCGUUCCCAAACUCCCCGAGGAGUUUCCCGUCCGGAGCCGGCAGUUUGUCGGCUGCAUGAAGGACCUGCGCAUCGACCAGCGGCACAUCGACAUGGCCGGAUUCAUCGCUAAUAACGGAACGCUAGCCGGAUGCUCGGCGAAGCGUAAUUUCUGCAGCACUAACCCGUGUCUGAACGGCGGCGGUUGCGUGAAUCUGUGGGGUUCGUUCCGAUGCGACUGUCCGCUGGGAUUCGGAGGACGGAACUGCGAGAAAGUGAUGCCCAACCCGCUGCGUUUCCGUGGUAACGGGCUGUUGUCGUGGCGGGAUGUGGCUGUCGUGGUAACGGUUCCGUGGCACCUGGAGUUCAUGUUUCGCACGCGGCAGCCGACGGCGACGCUGAUACACAUCAGUUCAGCACAACAACACAACCUCACCAUACAGCUGAGGGAGGGUUACGUGUUGACGUCGCUUCAGCGCGGCGAGGACUCCACCGUGUCUCGUGUUGAUGAUGUCACAGUGAGCGACGGCCAAUGGCAUCAUGUGUUGCUGGAGCUCCGGGGCCCCGCGGCGGGCGGCGUAACGGCGGCACUGAGCCUCGACCACGGCCUGUACACGUCGUCUAUGGAUCUGGACUCUAAGCUGAAGGGUGUUAAACUGAAGACUGUGAGUGUCGGCGGAGUCACAGACAGCAGGAAUAAAGUCAUCAGUGGAUUCAGAGGAUGUGUUCAGGGUUUGUGUCUGGGUGACUCCACCUCGGCUCUCGUGUUUCCCAGCAUGCACCAGGCUGAUGUGGUGAACGUGGAGUCGGGCUGCAGUCUGCCAAACCCCUGCGGGUCGAACCCGUGUCCGGCUCACAGCGACUGCAGCGACGACUGGGACACACAUUCCUGCAGAUGCCACAGCGGUUACUACGGCAACAACUGCAGCGACGCCUGUGCUCUGAACCCCUGCGAGCACCAAUCAGCAUGCAGCAGGAAGUCAAGCUCCGCCCACGGAUACACGUGUAACUGUCCCAGCAGCUACUUCGGCCAGUACUGCGAGAAAAAGAUGGAUCUGCCGUGUCCCCGCGGAUGGUGGGGCGAUAAGUCAUGUGGUCCGUGUAACUGUGACACGGCUAAAGGAUUCGACGCCGACUGUAACAAGACCAGCGGCGCGUGUCGCUGCAAGGACAAUCACUUCCAGCCUGCAGCGAGCGCGGCGUGUCUGCUGUGCGACUGCUACGCCGUGGGCUCAUUCUCACGCUCCUGCGACCGGGACAGCGGUCAGUGUCCGUGUAAGCCAGGUGUCAUCGGGCAGCAGUGUGACCGCUGUGAUAACCCCUUCGCUGAGGUCUCUUCCAGCGGCUGUGAAGUGAUCUACGACAGCUGUCCGCAGGCUAUGGAAGCAGGGAUCUGGUGGCCGCGCACCAAGUUCGGUUUACCAGCGGCCGUCUCGUGUCUGAAAGGAUCCAUCGGAACUGCGAUCCGUCACUGUGACGAGCACAAGGGCUGGCUGUCACCGAACCUCUUCAACUGCACAUCCGUGAGCUUCAGUAAACUCAAGACACUGUCGGAACGUUUGGUGCGUAACGCGUCUCUGAUGGACUCCAGUAACGUCCAGCAGACGGCGGCGCUGCUGCGUAACGCAACGAAGAACGUGAGACAGUUCUACGGCAGCGACGUGAAGAUCGUGUAUCACCUGACGCGUGCCAUACUGCAGCACGAGAGCAGCCAGCAGGGCUUCAACCUCACCGCCACGCAGGACGUCCUGUUCAACGAGCACCUGAUGCACGUGGGCAGCGCUAUACUGUCGGUGGAAACGCGCGGACACUGGGAGCUCAUCCAGCAGACGGAGGGAGGCACGGCCACACUGCUGCGACAGUUCGAGGAGUAUACGAACACACUCGCGCAAAACAUGAGGAAGACCUACCUGAGCCCCUUCACCAUCGUCACGCCCAACAUCGUCAUCUCCAUCGAUCGUUUGGAGAAGAUGAAUUUCGCCGGUGCUAAACUGCCGCGUUAUGAGUCUCUGCGCGGGCCACGCCCACUCGACCUGGAGACGGCUGUCACUCUUCCCGACUCGGUCUUCAUCCCCGCCCCCGAGGGCGAAGGUCAGCGGCACCACAACGAGCCAAUCGCAGAGUCCGGCAGAAACCACACGACCAAUCGGAAGAAACGGCACCCGGAUGAGCGCGAGCAGGACGCCGUCGCCAGCGUCAUCAUCUUCCACAGCCUAGCGGCGCUGCUUCCAGAGCGAUACGACACCGACAAGAGGAGCCUCAGGGUUCCAAAGCGUCCGGUCAUCAACACUCCUGUGGUCAGUAUAACAGUUCAUGAUAAUGAGGAGCUGCUGCAGCACACGCUGGAUAAACCCAUCACGGUGCAGUUCCGCCUGAUGACCACUGAGGAGCGCUCUAAACCCAUCUGUGUGUUCUGGAACCACUCCAUAGUCGCUGGCGGUCCGGGCGGCUGGUCUUCUAAGGGUUGUGAGGUGGUCUUCAGGAACAACACACACAUCAGCUGUCAGUGUUACCACAUGACGAGCUUCGCCGUGCUCAUGGACAUCUCGCGCCGAGAGAACGGAGAGAUCCUGCCGGUGAAGCUGAUCACGUGGAGUUCGGUGGGUGUGACGCUGGGCUUCCUCUUCCUCACCAUCGUCUUCCUCACCUGCCUGCGGGCCGCGAGCAGCAACAAGACCAGCAUCGUCAACAACGGCGCGGCCGCGCUCUUCAUCGCGCACCUCCUCUUCAUCUUAGGCAUCAAUCAAGCCGAUAACCCGUUCCUGUGUACGGUGAUGGCCAUCCUGCUGCACUUCCUCUGGCUCUGCGUCUUCUCCUGGCUCUUCCUGGAGGGGCUGCAUGUGUACCGUAUGCUGAGCGAGCUGCGCGACAUCAACUACGGCCCCAUGCGCUUCUACUACCUGAUUGGCUGGGGCGUGCCGGCCUUCAUCACGGGUCUGGCGGUGGGACUGGACCCCGAGGGCUACGGGAACCCCGACUUCUGCUGGCUCUCGCUCUACGACACCCUCAUCUGGAGUUUGGCGGGUCCCAUCGCGUUCGUCGUGUCGAUGAACGUGUUCCUGUACAUCAUGGCGUCGAGAGCGUCGUGUUCGCUCAAGCAGAAGAGCUGCGAGACGAGAGACGUGCCGGCGGCGGGUCUGCGGUCAGCGUGUGCUGUGAUGCUGCUGGUGACGGUGACGUGUCUGCUAGCGCUGCUGUCGGUCAACAGCGACAUGAUUCUCUUCCACUAUCUGUUCGCCGGAUUCUGCUGUGUUCAGGGGCCGCUUCUGUUCUUCUUCCGCGUGGUGUUUAAUAAAGAAGCGAGAGACGCCAUGCGCUACUGCUGCAGCAAGAAACGACCCGAUCACAUGAUCAAAUCCAAACCAUCCCGUCUGAAGGUGGAGACGCUGUCCAAACCCGAGGACAGAGCAGAGGAUCAUGGGACGGAAAACCUGCUGCUGCUGCUGCCCAGUUUACCCAACACUAGCGCACCGCCACACAAAGGAAUCCUGAAGAAGAAGCAGCUGUCGCCCAUCGCAGAGAGGAACGCCAUCAACCGCAUCCACAACCAGCUGUCUGGAGACUCCGCCUCCUCCAGCGAGGGCCGAGGGGGCGGGGCUAGGCGGGAUCAUCUGAACGGGGCGUCGACGAGCGGACUGACGAAAAUGCUCGACAACGACUCGUCCGAAUCUGAGUGA